AUGAAGGAGAAGAAAAAACUGGUCCGAGAAUUUGAUGAGAAACAACGCGAAGCAAAUGAAACGCUGCGGGAAAUGGAGGAAGAACUGAAGUAUGCUCCUCUGCCUUUCCGCAACCAAAUGAUGAGCAAAAUCCGGGCGUACAGAAGAGACCUCUCCAUGUUCCAGAGAGAGAUGAGAAGCACAGAUUUGGGAUUGGGCCCUGGAAGUCAAGGCGAUAUAAAAUACGGAAUCUUCUCCACAGAAAAUGAACAGAGUACUAAUCUGCAGUCACAGAGGGUGCUGCUUCUCCAGGGAACAGACAGCCUGAACCGAGCCAGUCAGAGCAUUGAGCGCUCGCACCGAAUUGCAGCUGAAACAGAUCAGAUUGGCACCGAUAUCAUUGAAGAACUUGGGGAGCAGCGGGAGCAACUGGAACGCACCAAGAGCAGAUUGGUGAAUACAAGUGAGAACUUGAGCAAGAGUCGCAAGAUUCUACGUUCCAUAUCGAGGAGAGUAACCACUAAUAAGUUGUUGCUGUCAAUUAUCAUCAUCCUGGAACUAAUCAUCCUAGGAGGUGUGGUCUACUACAAGUUCUUUCGCAGCAAAUGAAUCUCCGUGACUGAGAUGAGCUUUUCUGCCGUUGGGGAACCGGACGGACUGUCUGUUCCCUUUGACUGUCUGAGGAUUGAACUGUCUCAUGAGACAGCGAGUUCAACUGAAACUGUACUGACACUAGAAAGACAGAAUGGGAGUAAAAGGAAAAUGCAGAGACAGACUUGAACUACUGGUAAGAUUAAUAAGAAGGUAAUAAAUAUUUUAUUGUCUCAAUUUGUAUAUACUUAACGAAAUGAAUAAAUCUUGGUAUGUAAUAAAGUAGCCACUGAUCAGUGGAAAA